AUGGGCUACCGCACUGAACGAGAUAAAGACGGCAAUAAGAUUCCACGUGAACGAAGCGGUAAACCUCGUAGACAACGAGACGACCACCUUAAUCUAUCCAAGCAGACGGGUACGCCGGUGUACCCUCCAUCGUCCUCCGUGUACAAGCACGCUCAGCCGUUCUAUCUACCAGACACACAAAAUACUUCCAAGCCUGGCCUCGUACCUACAGUAGCUCAGUCUGACCCGCUUUUAGCACCUUCAGAUCGUCAGCAUCAUUCUCUCCCUAUAGUUCUCGAGACCCCGUGGCCCCCGCGACCAUCUGCAUCGCAGGAAGACCGUGUCAGGAAGGACUUGCUCGCGAAGAUCCCACCAACCGUGCAGAAUCCGAUGUCGGUUGGACAUACUGGAUCAUCUGCGGCUUCGACGGGAUCCUCCUGUCCGCCUGUGACAUUAGCAGGAUAUCGAGAUCCUGUCCCCGAUCCGCACCGUAUCAAGGAUACAAAAGCAUCGAUCCAGGAUCCAUUCAUCGAUCCACAGGACACUAUGAAUACGCGCGGGCCGUCGAUCCCAGUGUCUCGGAAACUCGUCACGGAUUCGCACCGUGCUACAACGCGAGAUCCGUCUGCCGAUUUGCACUGUGUCAAAGACGCACAUGAAUCAUCGAUUCGUGAUCCUUCCACCGACUCACGAAGAGUUACAGAUACACGCAAGUCUUCGGGCGCAGCGCCUCGAGAUCCUACCACCAACGCACACAGUGCAUAUGCAGCAACUCGCAACGUUGCAGAUGCACGUGGUUCGUGGGGCGCUGCAGUUCAGGACCCAUUCUCCGAUUCGCAUAGCGUUCCAGCUACACGUCACUCACCGAGCACAGCGACUCGAGCAGCCAAACCAUCAAAGCCUGAUGCGCCGCGUGAGAUACCUGGCGCAUAUCCAGAGCCGGAACCACGGCACUCUGCUCCUCACUCCGCCGUGUCGUCCAUGGCUACGUUACAUGCACCAGUCUCGACCCGUCGACAGACUCAGCGCCCGGUAGUCCCUAGCAUCCAUCCAUUCCGACGCACCAAUAAUUCUCCAGCACGCUCGACAGACACCUCCGGCAAUUCAACGAAGUACGUCUCCCCGCGCCACCCGCUCCCCAUGCCUGCGCAUCCGCUUGCGCUACCAUCACCGCUAUCCGGAUCAUCCGCGUCAUCCAGCGCUUGCUCAUCAAUUUCAAAGCAUGCAAAUGCCUCACACGCCCAGAAGUUGGCCACUUCAAGCCAGACUACGUCUUCCUCACGCCCGAGCCCUUCGUCCAUGUCUCCAGCGCCCUCUCCAUCUCCUCCACCUUCGUACCAUACUUUAUCCCCCCUUCCACCUCCGCCUCCACCUCCACUGCCGGCAGGCUCAUCCGCGCUCUUCGAACUCGAGCAAAACCCCUGGGCCCUCUCUCCCCGCAGCCCCAUGCCACGAAAGUCCAGUCUCAAGCGCGGCGAUUCGCCGCGGAGUGCGCGGAACGUGGGUUUUUCGGACACAGAUGAAGUGCGGACGUAUGAGGAGGAUGAGGCAGCGAACAAGGUGGGGAUGGGAAGAUAG